AUGAAAUUCCUGGAGGACAAUACACUAACUUGCAGUUCCAGUGCAUUGGAGCCUAAACUAGCCAAUUCUUCAAAUUAUGCCAUCAAAUACAGAAAAACAUUGGAGAAUAUGGCCUUCUCACUCGGUCUUGGUAGUCAGUUCGACGAAGUAAAACAAAUGUAUCGUGAGGCUAACCUCGCUCUCGGUGACAUAAUUAAGGUAACUCCUUCAUCAAAAAUAGUCGGCGAUCUGGCGCAGUUCAUGGUCCAGAACAACCUCACACGCGAAACUUUGGUUGAUCGUGCCGACGAUUUGUCUUUCCCUAAAAGUGUUGUUGACUACAUGCAGGGUAACAUAGGCCAACCUCCAUACGGGUUCCCAGAACCUCUACGAACAAAGGUCUUUCGUGGUAAGCCCAAGGUGAAAGGAAGAGCUGGUGAAAGCUUGCCACCUAUGGAUUUCGAGAAAGUGAAGAAAGAGUUGGAAAAAAAAAGAAAA